AUGACUAAUGGCACAAGACUUUUGAUUAACGAAUUACGAGACAAUGUGAUUGUAGCAACAAUCACCGGUCCCGCAGUAGGACAGCUCGCUCACAUUCCACGGAUCCCGAUAAUACCCACGGAUUUUCCUACAUCGUAUAAAGGGUUACAGUUCCCUGUAAACAUAUCGUUUGUCCUUACAAUAAAUAAAUCCCAGGGACAAACUUUCUCGAUGGUUAGCAUCGACCUAAGAAAAGAGUGCUUUUCUCAUGGGCAAUUAUAUGUUGUCCUUUGUCGAGUAGGAUCUCCUGAAAAUCAAUAUAUUUUGUGGCCACCUACAAAUACCACUGACAACAUAGUGUACAGUGAAGCUUUAAGAUAA